UGAAAUUGCUACUCUCGAUCGAACUUCCCCAAGCCGAUCACAACCCUCCACAUCUACAUCUACCCAUGCACAUACACAUACCUACACAUACACUCGGCUUCCUUCACAGUGGUUACGGUAGCAGCCAUUCUACCAAUAUUACCUUAUAGAUAUCGUUUGAUGAUCUUCCGAUAGGUAUUACCAUCCGAAGAGCUUAUCUAAACAAUACAACCCAUACAAACAAUUAACAUCCGCAACCAACAUACCUCAGUCUCGACCAUCACUUAUUUCUAUCCGUCUAUCUAUCCGCCAUGGCCACGAAAGCGAUGUCAGACUUAACCCUCAACCCCCCUUCAAUCAGUACUACGACUACUACUACUACCACCACCGCCACAGCACUCAAAGCGAAAUCCAAAGGCAAAAAGGCUACCGCCCCAAUACUCGACUCCUGGGAAGACGAAGACGUGGCCUCGGAUACCGAACCCCUCUCGCAAUCACCAUCGCAGUCCGACUCCCACCCACAGUCUCUAUCUCCUCUUCCCGUCGGUUCGGGCGUCGCCGCCCCCCCUCCAACACCUAGUUCGCCGGGGCCCGACACGCCUCUGCCGUGGCAGCCGAUCCCCGGGGGCGGUAAUACCAGCAGUGGUGGUAGUAGUAUUAGUAGUGGCGGUGGUGGUGGUGGUGGUAAUGGUGUAGAAGGCAAGAGGCCGGAGAAGACGGACGCGGUAGCCCGGAGGAUGAUCGCGAGCGCGCUGGGGGUACGUGCGCCGCGGCCGACGGAGGAGCAGAGGGCGUACGACCGCGCGGUGAGAGAGAAGGAGAGGAAGAGGCGGGAAGAAGAGAAAGAAGUCGAGAGGAAGAGAAGGGAGGAGACGGAGCGGGCGAAGGUCGCAAUUUGGGAAGAUUGAGACUUUUUUUUUUUUUUUCUCGGUUGGACACGAAUGAUGCGUUUGGAUCUGGGUUCCGGUUCGGAUGGCGCCGUCCAGAUAUGAGAAUUUCUGCACGUACGUAGGUAUCUAUCGGCUUAUAUGUUGGGUG